CUUCAUCGCCGCCCGCGCGUGUUUCCUCUCAUUCUCCCUCUACACCACUGGGUGAUCCAGCGAACUGGGCUUGCUGAGAAUAAUAUGGGAUCUGGCUGGGAGUUAGAAAACUCAGACGCGACCACUGCCAGCUCCGAUGAUGACGAUCUGGACGUCUCACGGCCGGCGAGGCCAUACAAGGCUGCCCUCAGCCGUACAAAGUCCAAUUCCGAAGUGACGCCCCGUCCUACAUCUAGAUCUGUGUCCCUAGUCAAAGAACAGUCUUCACCGCUCAGCAAUCAUACCCCCGUAGCAACCCUAGAAGCGCAAACCGACAGCGAUGAUACGUCUUUCAACGAUGGCGAGGCUGCCUAUCAAGCAUUCAAAAACCGAAAAGCCCUCAAGCGGAAGCGUACCUCCGUAAGUGCUCGCAAGUCCAAAACACCCAAGAUGGCCGACCCCGAGUCGUUUGUAGGAAGACGUCCAAGACAAGGUGGGAGACCCACGCCAAGGCGGCCGUUAAGAGAGUAUGGUGAUGAAGUGCCUUCCGAAGACGACUUGAUGGAGUACACGCUCCCGGACUAUUUGCAGAAGCGACGACAGCAAUUUGAACGUAGAGCCGAACAUCUCAAGGAGUCAGGGCUGAAGUUACCUCCCGGCUACGAAGAUAUUGAGUUCUCCGAUGAUGAGCGCUUGGAAUUUCUAGAAGAGAAACCGGCCUUUACGAACAUAAAACCAUGCAAUGCAUACAAAGAUAUCACUCUCCCAUACUCUCUAGGGUUAAUCCCUGCCCCUAUCGCGCAGUGGCUUAGAGAGUACCAGGUGGAUGGAGCCGCUUUCUUACACGAAUUGUUUGUCUAUCAGAAAGGUGGCAUACUUGGUGAUGAUAUGGGUCUGGGGAAAACAGUGCAAGUAAUUGCAUUCCUUACCGCGGCGUAUGGUAAGACUGGCGAUGAGAGAGACGCCAAGAGGAUGAGGAAAAUGAGAAGGAGUGGGAAAGACCAAUGGUAUCCACGCACGUUGAUAGUAUGCCCAGGUACUUUGAUCAAGAACUGGAUGUCAGAACUCACCCGUUGGGGCUGGUGGCAUGUCGAUACCUACCAUGGAGACAACAAGGAGCUUGCUCUUCAAGCAGCGAGAUCCGGACGAGUUGAGAUCCUCAUUACCACUUACGGUACCUAUCUUCAAAAUAAGGAUGCCGUGAACAUGGUAGACUGGGAUUGCGUGAUAGCGGACGAAUGCCACAUCAUCAAGGAACGAACAUCUGAGACUACCAAAGCCAUGAAUUCAGUUAACGCUCUCUGCCGCAUUGGACUAACUGGGACAGCCAUUCAAAACAAAUACGAAGAACUCUGGACGCUAUUGAACUGGACAAAUCCUGGGAAAUUGGGCCCUGUUACGACUUGGAAAAAAACCAUCUCUGACCCGUUGAAGAUAGGGCAGUCGCACGAUGCUACGCUACACGAACUGAGUAAAGCUCGCAAGACUGCCAAGAAGUUGGUUGAGAACCUCCUUCCUCAGUUCUUUCUCCGGCGAAUGAAAAGCCUAAUAGCGGAUCAACUUCCUAAGAAGAUCGAUCGAGUCGUCUUUUGCCCAUUAACAGAAACGCAGGCAGACGCCUACGAGAACCUAUUGGACAGUGAAAUCAUCCGGUACAUCAAAGAAUCCUCUGAGAUGUGUUCUUGCGGUUCAAGAAAGAAGGCCGGAUGGUGCUGUCAGCAAUAUUUACAAUCUGGACUUCGGUGGCAAAGUUAUGUGUUUCCUGCAAUGAAUGUUAUACAGAAACUCAGCAAUCACCUUGCGAUUCUGAUACCGCAGGGAGUGGAUUCCAAGGAGAAGCAAGACAAGGAUAGGGAAUGGCUAGAAAUUGCCUCCCCUGAUAAAUGGGAACAACUUUUUCGAACAAGAGACUCUAUAGUCAACUACGCCAACCCUGAGUUCUGCGGAAAAUGGAAGGUUCUCCGCCGACUCCUCAAGUGGUGGCAUUCCAACGGAGAUAAGGUAUUGGUCUUCUCCCACAGCGUCCGAUUGUUGAGGAUGUUGCAAAUGUUGUUUCACCAUACAAGUUAUAAUGUCAGUUACCUGGACGGUUCGAUGAGCUAUGAGGAGCGUGCAACAGCCGUUGAUGAGUUCAACUCGGACCCCCGACAAUUCGUUUUCUUGAUCUCCACCCGUGCUGGUGGUGUGGGUUUGAACAUCACAUCCGCAAACAAAGUGGUCGUCGUCGACCCCAACUGGAAUCCAGCAUACGACCUCCAAGCCCAGGACAGAGCAUACCGAAUCGGCCAGGUCCGCGAUGUUGAGGUAUUCCGACUAAUCUCCGCUGGCACUAUCGAAGAGAUCGUCUACGCGCGUCAGAUCUACAAACAGCAACAAGCGAACAUCGGCUACAACGCAAGUUCCGAACGGCGCUAUUUCAAGGGUGUCCAGGAAAAGAAAGACCAGAAGGGCGAAAUCUUCGGGCUAAACAAUCUCUUCGAGUACCAAAACAACAACAUCGUUCUCCGCGAAAUCGUCAACAAGACCAACGUCGCUGAAAGCCGAGCCGGGGUUCAGGUAAUGGACAUUGACGUGGACGAAUCCCAAACUCACGAAGACCCCAAAAACACCGAUGACGAGGUCAUGAGCCAACUCGCCGCCAUGAUCCGCGGUGAGUCCGAAGACGCCAAAGGCGCUCAACAAUCCCCCAUCCCCAAGCGCCACGACCCCAUUCAGGCCAUCCUCGCCGGUGCCGGUGUGGAAUAUACCCACCUCAACAACGAGGUCAUUGGCUCCUCGAAGGUCGAAGAACGUCUCAGCAGACGCGCAGAGCUAGCCAGCGAGGGCUCGAAUAACGAUGUCCAGGUCUUUGGGGAUUCUCAGGACGGGUCAAAUGCGGCAUCUACCACCGAGCUUCAGAAAGAUGGUAGGCCGGUCUGCUUCAAGUAUCAUCCUCCUCGCGACGUGAUGAAGAGACAAUUCUGUAGCAUGGCGAAGCGGUUCGGGUUCCCGAAUGCUACGGAGUUUGCUCUUGUCGUGGAAAGCAUGACGCAGGCGCAGAGACGGGCGUGCCUGGAGCGUUGGUAUAGGGAACGAAGACAGAUUUUACUGGGGAAGGAAUGACGCUCUUUAUGUAGGUUUUCAUGGUUUUUCCUUUGGCGUUGUGAUUGGUUUGUAUAUUUCUGAGAUACCCUCGAUUAUUUCUUGCUGAUAUUGUAUAAUGGAUUGGGAAUUUGAUUUCUUUUUGGUGUUGAAUGGGAC